CGAGGACGGAAAACCGGGAGAACGAACCUCUACGAACCGAACGGGCCGGUCAUUUGUGUUUGUUUUUAUUUUCUAGUAUACAAAUUCGUUUUAUCGUUUCAUCCCUAAUGUCGACCCCAAUCUAAAACUUUUUUAUUCCAUUAGAUUUGAAUUGAAUUUUGUUGUUGUUUUAGUUUUAUUUCAAUCUAAAUUGACUAUGGCCAAUUAUCACAUUUCUGAGAUGCAAAACAACAAUAACCACAAUUCGAAUAUAGAAGCAACAACAUACCCCAAGGAAGGGAAGAGUGAGCAGUGUUCAACAUAGCAUAAUCUUCUCUAUCAUCCCCCCCAUCAUGACCUACUCAACGAACAAUCACUUAGUCACAAAACACAAAACACAAACACGCCAGUCACCGUUAAAAUUUUUUAAUAGUCAAUUCGGAUUCAGAUUCGUUUUCGUAUUCGAAAUCGAAUCUAGGUCUUGGAUGUUGGAUGUCUCUAGUAUCGCAUUUGGUUUUCGUUCUCCUCGCAUGUGCAUUUGAUGACGCGUUUUCGGGAGUUCGUUGUACAUGUAGAUGCAGAAACAGAUUUAGAGUGUACUUUUCACUGCAGAACUUUUGACACAUUCCGGGUCCAGUAUACAUCAAGCGUUUGCGCGUAAUCCACAAGCGAAAACGAAAAAAUCGAUUUUUUCACCAAGUCACAAGGAAAACCGGGUUUCAACUGUCACUUUGACAGCUACUGUUAAAGUUGCAUGAAAAAGUAUAACACAACCCACAACCACCCCCCAACAAAAUAAUGACAGUUAUCCAGUGUUAAGGUGUGGAAGUUUCUUAUUCCGGGGAAUAAUAAAUUUAUCAUUUUAUUUUCGUGCCAAACAAAAAUAUCAAGUCAAUUCGAACAAUGGAAAAACCAAACAAAUAACGGUCGCUGCCAAUGUCAAUGUUUGUUGCCGGUAAAUGUGUCAAAAAAGUGUUGAAAAGAAUUUAUUAUUAUCUACACACAACAUAGAACCUGUCAUAAGGGUGUUUGGUGCGGUUGCGGUACAACAAAAAUUAUAAUGACGCCGUCGUCGUCGUCACUUAGUUCUUUCGUUGGGGGGUAUGAGUCAUAUGCAGGGGUGGGGCGACAGGCAAAAACGAAUUGUGAUAAUUUCAACGUUCUACAUAAUAAACAGAGAAACCCAUGAGUUUCUUUUCAUUUAGAAAAUAGAUUCCCAGUCCCCGAAAGACUUGAUGGAAAUUAUAAAUUUCUGACAAUUGACACUUCUCUUGACAAGAAAAAAAAAAAACAACCACCCGAGGGCGUGCGCUUCGCUCAUCAUGGUGUCGCGUAUUUUUGUGUGUGUUUGACUUUUGUGUAAGAUUUUGUGUGUCAAAUAGGGUGUGAGAAUUUUGUUCGAACUUUUAUUUUGUUUAUUUUAUUCUGUUGUUUAGGGAAAUAAAAGCAAACAAGAAACAAAAAAUAAACGACUUUUGUUAUCAAAGAAUUUUUCAAAUUAAAAUAUUCAAUUCUAUCCGAGACAAUGGGCACGUCACAAAGUCAACUUCAUAACACUUCAAAUGCCAGCGAAGGAACGGCCAACGCCGCCGAUGAAUCAUAUUUGUCAAGUUCAAGCGGUGGAGGUGGUCAAAAGCGGAGGAAUAGUCGAACGAAAUUAUUUGCACGUUUCGGACACAGAAAAUCAAAGGACCAACUGCUGUUGUCCCCAUCGUCUGUAGAUGGCGUUGGUGGGGAAAUUUUAGCAGAUGUCGAUGAAGCUAGUGAUGAAGUUUUGGAAAAUGUCAAAGAUCAUGGCAAGAAAUGGCACAAGAAACAAGCAAAGAAAAAAGAAAAACUCACAACAAAACAAAAAUCCAUAUUAAAAGAAAAAGAAUCCACAACAACUAAAACAACAACAACGACGAAGCCGAGCAAGAAACAUCCAAUAACAAUAACAAUAAAACGAGAUGCCAAAGCAGAGCUCGAAAUGUCAUCGACCCAAGCCAAACAGCAGACAUCGAGCUCGAGCAUCACUGAAGCCUCAACUACCAACCGUGGAUUUGGAUUGAAAAACAAUUCCCCCUUGACUGGUGAUGGUGAAUCAGUUGCGGUACCAGAACCACUGAUAGCUGGGGAAACACCAGCACCACAUUUACAGCAUUCACCAACAAAGGGAAUCACCAGCAGUGGCUCGCAUCGGCUUCAGCUUCAGUCAUGUGCGUCGAGGCUAGCCAAGGGAGUUGAAUCACCACCAUCACUGGUUUCUUCUGGAACGGGAAGCACCACUUUGCCGGCAUCGACGACGACGCUAGCACAAACACAACAAAAGGUAGCACCUAUCCAAGUGGAACCUUCCAGUGGUAGACUGUCCACUAUCCAAGCAACAGUUGUUCGGCGUUCAAUCGACCCAUCCAAAAACAUCGACGACGACGCCACUGUCUUCACUGGAACGAGUUGUAUCGGUGAUGGUGGCGGUGGCGGUGGCAGCCGCGGUAAUAGUUCUUCCAAUGUUGUUGGUAACCAAGCCCCAGCAGAUGAGUCGACCCCGGGCCCAAGCAGUGGCAGUGGCAGUAACGAUUUGCCUUUGGUUCUCGAUGGUGUUCCGUCGUCGUCGGUGUCGCAGUCGGUAUCGUUGUCGUUGUCGCCAUCAUUAUCGUCGUCAUCGUCUUCACACUCGGAAGUAACACCAACGGAUGUCAAGUUGACAGUUAUAUCGAAAAACAAUUCCGGUGCCCAGCGUGUCUGUCAACAGCAUCAUCAAAUCGAGACAAUUAUUGUACAAACCGAAUCGUGGAAAACAGCAAAUAACUUUACAGCAGUCCUCCAUCACCAUCAUCAUCAGCAGCAGCCCCAAAACCCGUCCACGUCGUCGUCGGCAUCUAACACAGCGGACAAUCAAUUGGGAAAUUGUGACAUUGUUGUCCUCAAGGAGACCUCAUCAAGCUCUGAUUCAUUAUUUACAGACCCCCUGACUCCGAUUGGCUUCCAGGCGGAAAUAAAUCAGUGCUAUUUCUCGGAGGAGAAUCUUUGUGAAAAAUCGACAGACGAAAGAACGUUGAGAGAAUUGACAGCAGCAGCCCUAGCGGCCCGAAAUUAUCCACGACAGAAUAAUAAAUACGAACGAACGCCAUCACGAAGGCGAACAGCGACAUAUUAUCGCGACGUGGCAGCCAGGCUGGCCAGAUUGUCACAAACGGAAGUGACGCAUUUAAAUUUGACAGGUGGUAGCCGACCAAUUUCGAUUGACUACGACUGUGAAUGUGCGGAUGAGGAAAUGGCUCUGCAAUUGGGUAAUAAGUUAGCUCAAGUAUUGAGCAAUAGCGGGGGUAGUGGUUCAAGUAGCGGAAUCGGUAUGAUGGGAGCUACCGAGGAUUCAGGGAAUAAUAAUGGUGGUGGUGGUAGGAAUUCAGCUGAUUUGGGAAUAUUCAACAUCGCCAAGUCGAAAAAAAUUGAAUUGCAAAAUUUAUCGUCAAGAAUUCCAUCAGGUGGUGAUGUUGGUGUGUCAGCAGACAACUUAACACCGGCAACAAUAGUUAACAAACAAUCACCCUUAACAGAAACUCAAUCAACCGUAAUAAUUUCAUACAAAUCACCACCACCUACACCUGCCUGUUCGGUCCCUACAGCAUCUUCGACAUUCCAGCAUCAGCUUCAGCAUCAGAAUCAGAAUCAUCAAAAUACCGAAGUUCAGCGGGAUGGAAUCUCUAGCAUAGCAGGAGCUUCAUCGGCAUCAGCAUCAGCAUCAACAUUAACAACAGGAACAUCAGCGAACGUUGUCGUAGCACCAUUUAUUGGAGGCGGUGGUGGAGUAGUUGGAAUGGUUGAAUUACCCUCCCCGAUAAUUACCUCCACGACAACAUCACCAUCAGCAUCAGCGAGUACUUUCGGAAGCAGCAACCCAAAUAACUGCGCCGGCAGCAAUGUCCUUAAGAAGGUAGCAUCUUUUACGGUUGAAAGAUCAUCGCCAAAUACUUGUUCGGCCGGUGGCAGUUCGGGAGUGGCAUCAGGUGGUGCUGCCAUAGGUAGUAUGGCGCCGGAUGGAGGCUUUCACAAACGGAUGUCUUAUGUCCCACAAAAGUUAAGCUUUGCUGCCUACGAAAAGUUUGAAGGGCAAAUGCUAAUGAAGUGGCUCAUCUCAUCAUUUCAAGCAAAUGGUCCCUCGCUUAAUGAACACGAACUGAACAUUCUUACGCAGCAAUAUUGCAACAAUCUACUCAGCAUUGGAGUACUGAAACAGAUAUCCAGUUCUGCCAGUCCAAUCAUCAUCUCUUGCUCCAGCUCUACCACGUCUUCCUCAACGACUACGAUGACGGCGGCGGCAGUGGCAGCGGCUGUGACGACGACGACGGUGCAUGGAGGCAUUGUUGGCACCACAACCACUACCACUGCCUCUGCCAACCAAAACGCCACCACCACCGCUACCAAUGCCGCAACAACUUUGUCCGCCACCGUUACUACUGCUGUCGACAAAAGUGAAUUGGAAACUUUCAGUCCAUUUCAAAUGUAUCAAUGGCGGUAUACGGAACUACCAACAACUUCUAUUCCAAUGACACCUGGAAAACUUGAUAAGGAAUCAGCUUGGCCCUAUUGCAGUACUCCAGCUAGUAGUGUUGUUCGGGCUUCGAAAGGAUUGCACGUUGACAGCCCUAUUGAGGUGGUAACCGCUGAGCUUCGUAAGGCUAUUCUCGAUUGCAAUAGUUUGAAUGAAGUCCAUGGAGUGAUUAAUGAGUUGCUUGUUCAGCAACAUCAUCAGGCUACACGACCAAAAUUAUCAAAACGAUGUCUUCCACUUAAUGAGGCGCUGAAUGCCACAGAAGUGACAAUUUAUGAAAAAGACGCAAAGGAUGUGUCGAAUAGCGAGAAGCAGAGGGAAGAAAUUGGAGUUCAAACGAGUGUUCUGGAAGACGCACAAUGUGAUCUUUGUCAGAGAUGUCGUGCUCAGCUCAAGACGCCGCCGAAGGGUGGAGUUGACCAAUUCGUUCAGACGAGUUUUAAUGAGACCGAUGUGUCUGUUCCUAAGAGACCACCAGCGUACGUACCUCCUCCUCCACCACCGCCACCACCUCCUCCGCCAAUUUUACAAAGUGCCGGACCAGCUCCACCACCUCCUCCUCCACCACCAAUGCCAGGAAUUAGUGGUGGUGGACCCCCACCCCCUCCACCAAUGCCAGUUCAAGGAGGUCCCCCUCCUCCGCCACCUCCGCCAAUGCCGAUGGCCAAUGCCCCACCUCCGCCGCCGCCCCCACCAGGAGCUGGACCGCCAGCUCCACCUCCUCCCCCGUCAUCAUCAGGAGGUCAGCCACCUCCCCCUCCUCCCCCUGGUCUACACCUAAACACAAACAUUUCAACGCCACCUCCUGCCCCGGGUGUUCCUAAGACUUCGACACCAACUCCAUUUCCAGCGCCACCUACCGGUUGGUUUCAAACCAAUAUUCUUCGGAAAAAUGCAGUCAACCCUCCUAAGGCUAUGAAACCUCUCUAUUGGACUCGGAUCGUAGCACCAAACCCAGCUAAAACAGAAGACGUUUCAGAUGGCGCUACUAACAAAAAUGGCUCCAAAGAGCUUUGGCAAGAAAUCGAUGAAACUAAUCUCGACAACAUCGAUGAAUUCACUGAACUCUUCUCGCGGCAAGCAAUUGUCCCAAAAGUCAAAUUGGAAAAAGCCAAGUCUAUUGUGAAGACGGUUAAAGUUCUUGAUACAAAGCGUUCUCAAAAUGUUGGCAUAUUUGCUCGAAGUUUACACUUUGACAUUUCCGAAAUCGAGCAUGCAAUUUAUCAUGUUGACACUUCUGUGGUGAGUUUGGAAAUUCUUCAGCAAAUCAUGGAAAUUAAAGCGACCAGUUCGGAAUUGGAAAUGAUAAAAGAUGCUGCCCAAGGAGAAAUACCCUUGGAUUCGCCGGAAAAGUUCCUUCUUAAAAUCGCACAAAUCUCAUUCUCAGCGGAACGUAUUUCGUGUAUUGUCUUUCAAUCUGAAUUCGAAGAGGCAGUCUCAUUGAUCGAGAGAAAGCUGAAAGUUGUUAAGGAUCUGUCAAAUUUCUUGAUGGCAUGUGAGGAUUUGAAGCUGGUCUUCUCGAUAAUUCUUACUCUGGGCAAUUAUAUGAAUGGAGGGAAUCGAACGAGAGGUCAAGCUGAUGGGUUUACUUUGGAAAUUUUGGGAAAACUUAAGGAUGUUAAAUCGAAAGAUUCCAAAACAACUUUGUUGCACUUUAUUGUGAAAACUUAUAUAAGUAGACGGAGAAAGGAAGGCACCGCGUUGCCAGAGUUGUUGUUACCAAUACCAGAACCAUCGGAUGUGGAAAGGGCUGUGCAGGUGGAUUUCGAUGAGGUUAAACUUCAGAUUAUCAAACUGAAUGAAAAAUUGAGUGCCUGCAAGAAAACAACCGAAGAAGUUAUACUCAAAUCUAGUGAGAAUAAUCUUCAGCCUUUUAAGAAAAAGAUGGAAGAUUUCAUUGAAGUAGCUGACAAAAAUGUUGAAGAGCUACGAAACCUUUUAGAAGAAUGUCAAGAGCUGUUUAUCGAGACAAUGCGUUUCUACCAUUUCAUACCCAAAUCAGGAACUCUAGAGAAUUCCACACCUGGACAGUUCUUUGAUUAUUGGACAAAUUUCACUUAUGAUUUUAAGGACAUUUGGAAGAAGGAAAUCGCUUAUCUGUGGAAUGAAUUAUUGAAAAAAUCAAAGGAGAAACAAACUGCAGCAUCAGGAUCACGUUUGAAACCCAUGAAGAUGAGACCUGGUGGAUUAAAAGACCGAUUAAUGAAUCGACUCAAAAAGUAGACUGAAUAAUAUUAUAGAAUUAAUGUGUUUGAAUUUAUUUUUGUUUGCUUUCUUGUUUCGUAGACACAAAUAUAGUUAAACUCAAAAAAAUAUAUAUAAUUAAAAUAUUUAGUUAG